CUCGGUGACAACUGCAGUGGCAACAUCCUUAGGGCUGCAAAUUGCCUUCGGCGAAGAGAUCCGCACGUUACCUACAUACGAUGAUGGACAUACUCCUAUCUUGGCGCCAUGUUGAGUGGGUCUCUCAGAUUGAAGCUGACGAUUGGCUAUUUCUUACAAGCCUCAUCACAACGCUCUACCUGCUCUACGUUUCUUGCACAAGUGGCGUGCGAUUCAAGAAAAUCGUCGGAUGGGUCUUUCUUGGGUUUGUAGAGUCAAUGGUCCUGUUCAUCAGGGGUAAUCGCGAAGGCCUAGACUUAGCAGGCAAGCAACGGUUAUUGUUUCUGUGGGCUGCUCAACUGUUCACUUGUUUCGUCCUCUUCUUGUGGUCAUUGCAGGACUCGAGCUUGGAACUGGACGAAUCCCUGAAGAAAGGAUGAGCAACAGGUUGUGAGAUCUUCAAGCUUAUCAAUCGGUUAAGCCAGAUUCUGGCACAAUUAAAGGCUGAGAUGGCUUCGGUCUUGGUGAACGACGUUGAUGCCGAGAUAGAACGUAAUAGCAGGCUUCGGAGCCCGGUCGACAUUCGAAUCAUAAGCUUGCAAUGACCCCUUGGCAUGGCAC